AUGCCGCGCUCCUUCCUGGUGAAAACGCACUCCAGCCACAGGGUUCCCAACUACAGGCAGCUGGAGACGCAGAGAGAGAUCAAUGGUGCCUGUUCUGCCUGCAGGGGGCUGGUGGUGCCCCUCCUCCUCCCAGAUAAAGCAGCCUCGUCCACACCUGGUGACCCUCCCUGGCCCUGGGGCUGCACCUCUGUCAUGGCCCGCAUCUCGCUGCCCCUUCCCCACCACGAGGAAGCGUGGGGGGCCUCCGGGCCAGACCCCCUGCAGGUCGGCCCCGUGCACCCUUGGGCCGGCUGGGCCCCCAGCGUGCCCCUCAAAGACAGCCUGAACCAGCUCAACCUGCCCCCGCGGCUGCUGCUGGCCACACGGUGGCCCCCGAUCCCGGGCCCCGCCGGGGACCAGGCCACAGACAGACUGCCGGGGGGCGCGGUGCGGGCCCCCCGCGGCCCCGGCGGCUUCCAGUGCCCGCACUGCCACAAGCCCUACCACACGCUGGCCGGGCUGGCCAGGCACCGCGAGCUGCACUGCUGGCUACGGACGCCACGCUGCUUCCCCUGCAAACACUGCGACAAGGAGUACAGCAGCCUGGGCGCCCUCAAGAUGCACAUCCGCACGCACACACUGCCCUGCCCCUGCGCCAUCUGCGGCAAGGCCUUCUCCAGGCCCUGGCUGCUCCGCGGCCACAUCCGCACCCACACAGGUGAGAAGCCCUACACCUGCUCUCACUGCAGCAGGGCCUUUGCCGACCGCUCCAAUCUCCGGGCCCACCUGCAAACACACUCCGACACCAAGAAGUACCAGUGUAAGAGCUGUGCCAAGACCUUCUCCCGCAUGUCGCUCCUGGCACGCCACGAGGAGUCCGGCUGCUGCCCCGGCCCCUGA